AUUAAUCAGGCCAUUGUAUUGCUGAUAGUGAAUGCCAUAACCAGAUUCAGGGGACAGGGAUGCACACUUAAGAAAACCAACCUAACGGUGACCACAAUGGGUCACUGUGUCAAAGACACAUCAGUCCAAGUGAUUAAAGACUUUUUGUCACUUUUCUAUAUUAUGUCUCCCUAUGAGACCUCUUAUGAUAACGCCAUCGAUGUUCCCGAUUAUGAAGUCAAUUCAGUUAUCGGGUUGACACCUGUGGUGGGGUUUCUGGUAAUCCUGGAACAAGUGAUCCGAUAUUUCCAACGCCAAGACUUGACGCGUUUCCAGGAUUAUGUCAUUAAUGCCGGAUCAGCCAUACUAUUCACUCUCAUGAGGAUU